GUGUAAACUAUCAACUUCCGGUUGUGAACUUCCUUUUAGUUCGAAAGUAUGAAACUCUUACAUAAGCUUUGACAAUGACUUCAAUGGAGGGUGACAAGAAUGAAAUGACAAUGAAGAAAAAAUCAUCCCAAGACCAUGAUAAUGGUGAUUAUUUUGGGCCAAAGGUAGAGCAAAGAUCUCAUACCAACAUUCCUCAGAGACAAAAUAUAUCUGAAAACAUUCCACAUCAUGUUGAGUACGCCAGCCAACACUCAAGUUUGUCAAGGUCCAUGGAUUUUGUAUCAGAGACCAGGUUGGUGAUGUUGAACUUUAUGGGAAUCCUUCCACCAUCUUUGUACAGGGACCACAUAGUUUCCUCGCCAGAUUUUGAGGCAGACAACUUAAAACAUAGCCACGUCUUUUCAAAGUCACAUCCUCUUCCAAAAUUAACAAAAAGUCAAUCCUUGAACCAAGGCCUGUCACAUAACAAGCCACAUUCCAAGCGAUUAGGCCAUCUAAAAUCAUUCCAGAAAGACCUUGAUUCACCAGUGUCUGAGGACAAUGUCAGCUACAAGUACCAGAAGUAUUUAAAAGAACAACUCAAUGUAGAAAAUGCCAACACUUAUCUUCCUGUAGAAACUGAGUCUAUUUUUGCAUCUGAGAUAAUUGGACAGCAGAGCGCUCAAUCAAGCAGUGCCAUUUAUGAAGUAUCACAGUCUUCCCAUUCCCUAAGUCCAAGAAAAACUCCGCUCUCGCCACAGAGGCAAAUAAGUGAGAACAGCAGCAUUGGUGAAUACAGCUACGAGGGUGAUGCUGAUGACGAAUACGAAGGUUCAAGCACCUCCAGUGUAUUCAGUUCUAGGAGCGCGCACUUCCGAGAUGGCUUCCUUGAUCUCAGGAGAAACGUGCCAUAUCUGCCAACUGUUGUUGAUGAGGUUCCAGGUAUGUUAUUCAGGGAACUAGAUUUUAGGGAACCAGACUCGCUGCAGGAGUGCAACAGCGAGGAUGAAUGCGGUGAAGACGAGGCUGACAAUAUUCACAGUGGCUCGGAAUCAGACCACAAAGAGGAACCCAAUUCACGUUCAGCAAGAGAUCUCACAGCUUGUCAAGCAGUUCCCAGCAAAAGUGCUGACAGGUCGGGGUUACACCUCCAUAUCCCCAUGGGGACAGUUCAACUAGAUGAUGUUCUUCUCACCUUCCAGUCAGAAAUCAACAGUGAACUUGAUGAAAUGGAAUCAGAAUUUGAACCAGGCAUACCCAGCAGAUGUGAUGGUGGAGGGGCGUGUGCUACUCCCCGUACCCCGAUCUCCCAAGCUGCGUUGGUGCUGGCCCGUAUCGGAGACGAGAUGAAUGACAUGCAUGGGCCCCAGCUGGCGGACAUGUUUAACAGCCUCUCGCCGACUGACAUAGAAAACCUGUCGUAUCCUCGCUUUCAGGAACUGGCUCAGGCUUUACUCUCGCACAAUGACCUCAAUGACUGGAGACAGGUAGCUCUGCUGAUGAGGUUUGGUCAGAAGCUGGUGUGGACUGCACUUCAGACAGGUGUUCCCCAUGUGAGGACAAUCAUAGACUCCUGUACCCAGGUGGUGGCAGACAUGGCAGCAAAGUUCAUCAUCAAGCAGGGAGGAUGGAGUACUAUCAUGAACUUUGACCCCAGCCAGUCAUCAGACAAUCAGAGUUCUAGCGACAUCAGUCCCUCGACUGACCGCAUCAAUAGUGACCUCUCUCAGGCAUCAAGCAGGGGUUGCAAUGACCUUGACCUAGAAACUGAUUGCCUAGAAACCAAGCGAGAAAGUUGCGGGUCAGAAGGUCAAAGAACACUUAUCCAAGGCAACAGUCAGGAAUCUGAUGAAGAAACCUGCAAUGUGUUUACUAUGUCUACUAAGAGCUCUGAUGCUUCUCUCACAGAUAACACUAUUGCAAUAGAAACAGGCAAUGCGCUUGCAUUGGGCCCUAAGAAACCAAGGUAUGCUUCUAGUGUAGGGUUUGAGUUUUCAGAGACAAGUUCGAUUUCAUUGGAUAAUACAGGUGAGAUGGAGCUUGAGUCUGACCUAUCCCGUAGGUCUAGUGUGAUUUAUAUACAGUCACAAUGCGAUGAUGACCCCUCAAAGAACACUGAUGAUCAAGAUGAAGCUGAUAGCGAUUUGAUCUGUUGCAAUGACCUUGAGGAUGAUGAUUUUACAAAUUCUAAUGUGCACACUAAGGUUCGUGAAGCAAUAAAAGCUGAUAUAGAUGUGAACAUCGAUGCUGCUGAAAAUACCAAAAGCUUUGGUAACAUGAGUCCUGGAGAGGGUGAUUUUAAUACACCUAAUGACAAUAGCAUUACUGAUUGUGAUGUAGUGGAAACAUUGUAUGAUAAUUGUCCUGGUCUUGAGGCAGCAGGAAAACUAGUAUCGGAAUAUGUUUUCAAAUCAUCAAAUGCCUCAAGAGAACCUGUAGACCAUGGUCUUGACAAUGAAGAAGGUGGUGUGGUAGCAGAUGAUAUGGGCGCGGUUGAUGAGUAUGACAGGUCGAGUCAGUAUGUGAAGCAGGCUACACCAGUGGCAGGGACUAUUCCUAGAGGAGCUGAUGGGGAUGAAACAUAUCAACUGGUUGACAACAUUGUGGUUGAUCCUCUUAAUGAUCAAAGGCAUGCUGAAACAACUUUGGACAAUUAUCAGAAUGUGAACGUGGAAAUCGGAACUUUGAACACUAGAACGGAUGAACAAAUGAACAUUGAAAGUGAUCAAAAUGUUAACACAGAAGAUGAUGUUAAUGUCCACACGGGCAAUUAUGAAAGUUCAAAUGUUGAUCAAAAUACAAACAAUAGCUCAACAUCCCUACAACAGCAUCCCGAGGUGAACAAUCAAGUGGAAGAAAGAUAUGUGAGUGACACCUCAAGAGAGUCUGUCCAUACAGCAGAAGACAGGAUAGGUGAAGACUGUAACGGUGUUGGGGAUCACUCCACUGGCUUUGGACUCAAAGCCAUGGCCCUGGCCAGUGCUGUACUAGCUCUGGGCAUCGGUCUCAAGUUUGUGGUUUCAAAUAGAUGAACAGCUCUGGUUUGUGGUUUCAAAUAGAUGAACAGCUCUCUUCAGGAAUUCUAUAGGCUUGUAAGCUUCUGUCAUGAACUGUUUGUUACACUUAGUUUCGUAAUCAGAUAAUGAAAUCAAUGUUUGAGGUUUAUAUUUAGUAUUUACAUAUUAGCCAAAAAGGUAGUUGGCCAUAUUAGAAACUAGUCCAGAAUGUCUACCAGUAAUUUCAUACUGAUUUUAGUCAAAAUUGUUAUUUAUAUGUUGAUUACACAUGUCUAUUUUCAGCAGUUAUCCUUAUGCUACAAUUAUUCAUGCAACAUUUUGUUUGCAUCUGCUGUCAAUAAAGCUGCUGAACACUCUAUAUAUAUUACUUUUAUUCAGUACAGUUAAUGUGUUGUAAAGUUUUAUUGUUGUUGUUAAUUUUACAUGUUGAAAUGUUUUGUUGAACACGUUUCUUGCAUUACUUCAUGUCAUUCUGUGAUUACAAUAUUACAGAUUGGUUGAGCAUUAAUUUGUUUGAAAAAAUGUUUAUUUUGCCUUUGACAUUGUGCUGUGACAUUGACAUUGUGCACACACAAUUUAGUUAUUUGAAUGCAUUUGUGAAUUGUAGUUUUCUUUACUUCAAAGGAAAGAUACCAAACACAGUUACAAAUAUAUGGGAAGAAUGUUCCUUGUAAUUGUAUAGUUAAUAACCUUUGAAAAAUAUGAAUUGCGAUGAAAAUCUUUUUUAUCAUGUUACUUACUUGAAAAUUACUGGUUAUUUUAAAGUAUUAAUUUAUUGUUUUUAUAUAUUUUUCUAAUUGAUGUGUACAUAUAAAUAACUUAUUAAUUGUUCAGUUCAAUAAGUUUAAUGUCUUAAUUGUUAAAUACGACAUCAUAUUGUCCUGUGCAUUUUGUUGAUUGUCUGAAUUGUUGAAGAUCUAUAUUAUAUUGUCCGUUUCUUUUUGUUCACUGUCUGAAUUGUGAAAGACUCCAUCAUACUAUUCAGUGAUUAGGAAUCACGAGGCUAUUAAUAAGCCUUAGGCUUUCCAUGCUAUCAAGCUUAAAUAAAUAGGUUUAAACUAUAUUAUUCAGUGCUAUAUCAUACAUAUGUUGGAUGUCUCAAUUAAUACACUUUACAUUAUAUUGUCUGUGCUAUGUGUAAGUGCCUGAAUUGAUAAAGACAACAUCUUAUUGUUCAGUGCUAUUUGUUCAAUAUAUGACUUGAUUAAGACAACGUCAUAUUGACCUUUACUUAAUGUUGAUAGUCUUUAUUGUUAAAGACUACAUACAAUUGUUCAGGGCUAUAUGUUCAGUGAAGUCUCUAUCCUAUUUUUCAGUCCUUUAUGCGCAAUGUUUGAAUUGUUAAACGCUACAUCACAUAAUUAAGUGUUAUAUGUUCAUUGUCUAAAUUGUUAGAGAUGUCAUCAUUUUGUUCAGAGUUUUAUGUUUAUUGUCUAAAUUGUUAAAGACUCCAAUAUAUUGUUCAGAGUUUUAUGUUCAUUGUCUAAAUUGUUAAAGACUCCAAUAUAUUGUUCAGAGUUUUAUGUUUAUUGUCUAAAUUGUUAAAGACUCCAUUAUAUUGUUCAGAGUUUUAUGUUCAGUGUCUAAAUUGUUAAAGACUACAUAAUAUUGUUCAGAGUAUAUGUUCAGUGUUUGAAUGAUUGACAGCUAGUGGUACAUCAUAUUGGUCAGUUCUACGUGUUUGAUGUCUGAAUCGUUAAAGGUUUCCUAAUUUGGUCAGCUCUAUAUGUUUCUCAAUCUUUUCUUUAUUUUAAGUAUAUCUGUUGGUAUUCUAUGUGUUGAGAACUACUUCUCUUCUUGUCUUACUAUAGGCUAUCGAUCAGUGCUCUUUAUUCUGUUUGUAGACCUUUCAUUGAUCGUUUUUAACAGUUCAGUGUUUUCUAUUUUCUUUGUUGCUAUUACAGAAAGUGUGAUUUCUCGACACUGUCAAUCCAUAAGAGGGUACAACCCAAUUGUAAACUAUUUUCAGCCAUUUACCGUUGCCUAUCAUAGUGUUGUGUUGUUGUUUGUAUAGGGUAUUUAUGUGCCAUGUCUAUUAAAAUGCUCAAUAUUCAAAUCAAAAUAAAAAAACUACAGCAUAUCAUAUUGAAUGGAAACUCAACAUUUAACCAAAUUGUUGCAAUCAAUAAGAUGUAGCUAGUGUUGAAUAGAGUAAACUAUGCUAACUUGUAUGUUCACUGUUAGUGAUGCAAUAUUAGUAUUGCUGAUUAUAUGGUAUAUUUGAAAUUAAUUUCAAUAGAAAUAACCAUUGGAAGGUGUAUGUAACAUAGGUGUAUAUACUUUAUUAUAUUGUUGAGAUAAAUCUGAAUGGCAAAUCUAGCAUUGUUAUGCCCACCUUCGAAGAGGAGGGGGUAUAUUGUUUUGCUGGAUGUCGGUCUGUCUGUCGGUUGACCAGUUUGUUUCCAAUCAAUAACUUGUAAACAGAUUCACCAAUUGGCUUGAUACUUCCCAUGUGCAUUAGCCUUUGCCAGUUAAUGACCCCUUUAAAAAUUGGGGUCACAAGAUCAAAGGUCAAGGUCACUUUCAAACUAAGAGUGAAAAUUGUUUCCGAUCAAUAACUUGUGAAAUGAGGGACUGAUUGGCUUAAUACAUCCCAUGUGCAUUUGGGCUGGGAAGUAGAUGGCCCCUAUUGAAAUUGGGGUCACUAGGUCAAAUGUCAAGGUCACUGUCACACUAAGUGUGAAAUUGUUUCUAAUUAUGACUCAUCAACUGAUUCCUCGAUUUUCUUGAUACUUCCCAUGUGUAUUGGCCUUGAGCAGUUAUGAAAUUGGGGUCACUAGGUCAAGGUCACUGUCACAUCGUGACAUCACUAGUUAUAAAAAUAUAUAAUAUUCUCAACCCAUUUACCAUAACGCUGAGUUAACAGAAGUGCAUAAUUCUGUGUCAACUUAAGGCCUAUUUAAGUGGCUGUCACACUAAUUUGAUAAGAUUUACUGUUAUGGUAAGUUUUGUGGCAAAAAAUCCUGUGUCAAGGCCCUGUUUAGGGGGUAUCUCUCUCCAGCAGCGGAGCUCGUGCUAUAUUUACUAUCAAAGUAUAUGCCUUUAAAGCUUUCAGUUAUGAUGUUUAAUUGUUUAACAUGUUUAAAUUUUAAUAGUUUUGAUGUUGAAUGCUCUUAUGUAUUGUUAAGAUUGACUAUUUUAAGAAUAUUUAAUAUUGACUUCUUGCCCUGGUUUUGAUUUACAAUACUGGUCUUAAUUUAGAGACCUUUAAGUUGAUUUAAAUGUGUUCUUUUCAAAGUUUGAUAUUUUCAUCAAAUAUCUGUUUUACAUUUAAAACUAAAAAGUUACCCGUUUGUGUAAAAUUUUCUGAAAAAUUAUGUCUUUUUUGAAUUUGUUUGGCAAUUAAGUGGGGAUAAUGUUAAUUUCGUAGUUAGUAUAGUUACUAUGCUUUACAUUAAGAUUCUAAGAAAUGGACUCCCAUUAACUGUUAAAAAUACUCCCAAGGAACAUAAUCUCCAAAUAGUCAAGUGUAACUUACAGGUAUUUUAAGAUUUCUUCAUGAUCUCAGAUAAAAAUGUGAUGAAUCUGGUCCAAAAAUUUUUCUAAUAAAUCAGUGAAUGUAAAA